ACGGACCAGAGCGGGUUUAGUGUGAAUACGCAGCGGAGCGCACGGCUGAGGACUCUGUACAGCGCAACUCCAAACACAAAUGGAUAUUUACGUGGCUUUGAUAUCUCUUUUCUUUAUUACCAAACCAGCUUUGGCUUUCGGAUCAGAUCAAGACUACCAGAUUGAUAUCAUCAAUGAACUUGACCUGGCAAAUGCCACCUAUGGAAUUACCCAAGUGGCGGGGCUUCACAACAGCAGCAAAGCCUUUCUUUUCCGAGAUGUUGGGAGAGCAGUUCACGCCCCGGCACACAUCACAGAGAAAGUGGUGCAGCUGUUCAGGAGGAAAAGUGAGUUUACCUUCUUGGCCUCCAUCCAGCAGAAGUCCUCCACAUCAGGAGUCAUAUUCUCCAUCCACGAGUCAGAACACAGUUACUUUGAGCUGGAGAGCAGCGGGGUGAGAGAGGAGAUCCGUUACCACUACCGCUUCAAAGGCAAGCCGCGCUCCGAGUCCUUCCCCUACCGCCUAGCUGACGGACAGUGGCACAAGAUCGCCCUCACCAUCAGCGCCACCCACCUACUGCUGCACGUGGACUGUAACAGGAUUUAUGAGCGGGUGAUAGACCCUCCUCAGAUGGAGCUCACCCCAGGCAGUGGAGUGUGGCUCGGCCAGCACGGCCACAAGCAUGGCCUGUUCAAGGGAAUCAUCCAGGAUGUGAAGUUGAUUUUCGCUCCCAACGGCUACAUCACACAGUGUCCUAACCUUAACCGCACUUGUCCGACCUGCAGCGAUUUCCUGAGCCUGGUGCAAGGCAUCAUGGACCUUCAGGAGCUCCUGGCUAAAAUGACCCUGAAGUUGAACUACGCAGAGUCCAGGCUGACCCAAUUGGAGGGCUGUCACUGCGAGAGGACCUGCAGCGCCAACGGUUUGGUCUACCGGGAUAAGGAGCUGUGGGUGGAGCCAGAGAACUGCAGGAACUGCGCAUGUAAGAAUGGUGUAGUGGAGUGUCGCAGAAUUUUCUGUCCUCCAGCAAACUGCUCAGAGGAUUCGUUGCCUGUACACGUUGAUGGGACUUGCUGCAAAAAAUGCAGACUGAAAUGUACCUACAUGGGCCAGACCUUUUCUGAAGGCCAGCGCUUUUUGUCCAGGAGCUGCAGGGAAUGCAAGAAUGGCCUGAUGGUGAAAGUCACAGAAACGUGUCCAGAGCUUAACUGCACAGUCGGUGAACAGAUCUUACCAGAUGGCAGAUGCUGCAAUGUUUGCAGAGGUUAUGACUUCUGCGCAGAGGGACUCAUUUGUGGAGAAAACUCUGAAUGUAAAAACCGGAAUACUAAAGCAGAGUGCGAGUGCAGGAGCGGUUAUGCCUCCAUCCACGGGGAUUCCACUUACUGUGAAGAUAUUGAUGAGUGUGCCACCCAGAUGCACUACUGCCAGUCCAACACGGUUUGUGUCAACCUGCCCGGCAGCCAUCGCUGUGACUGUCUACCUGGCUUCAUCAGAGUGGACGAAUACUCCUGCACCGAGCAUGACGAUUGCGCCAGCGGCCAAAAUUUGUGUGAUGAGAACGCCAUCUGCACCAACACCAUCAGAGGACACCUGUGUACCUGCAAGCCGGGCUACGUGGGCAACGGCACCAUCUGCAGAGCUUUCUGUGAAGAGGGAUGCAGGAGCGGCGGGACCUGCGUGUCUCCCAACACGUGCGUCUGUCCCUCAGGAUUUACAGGACGCCACUGUGAGACAGAUAUUGACGAGUGUGCAGAGGGCCUGAUUGAGUGCCACAACCACUCCCGCUGUAUCAACCUGCCCGGCUGGUACCACUGUGAAUGCAGAAGUGGUUUCCAUGACAAUGGCUCCUACCUGCUCGAUGGGAGCUCCUGCAUUGACAUCGAUGAGUGCAGUUUGCAGACACACACCUGCUGGAAUGACAGUGUGUGUGUGAACCUCCCGGGAGGCUACGACUGUGUGUGUACGUCCGGUCCGGGCUGCGGCGGCGACUGCACACAGGAGGAGGGAAUCAGACGCAACGGAGAGGACUGGAAACCAAGCUUUGACCGCUGUGCUAUAUGCUCCUGCAAGGACGGGCAGACGUACUGCAGGAGGAGACCCUGUGACUGCGGAGACCCAGACGAGGAUCUGUUCUGCUGUCCCGGCUGUGACAACAGACCCAGCAGCCAGUGUCUGGACCAGAGCGGACGCACGCUCUACCGCAGCGGAGCGUCCUGGAUGUACGGCUGCCAGCAGUGCCGCUGCAUGGAGGGGGAGGUGGACUGCUGGCCUCUGGUUUGCCCCAUGUUGAUGUGCGAGUACUCGGCAGUGGCGGAGGGCGAGUGUUGCCCGCGCUGCGUCACAGACCCCUGCCUGGCCGACAACCUGUCGUAUGACAUCCGGCAGACGUGUCAGGACUCCGCAGGCGCCGUACGCCUCAGCGGAGACACAUGGCAUAUGCCCAACUCACCCUGUACUACCUGCAAGUGUAAGAAUGGGAAUGUUUGCUGCUCGGUGGAUCUCGACUGCCUUCAGAACAACUAAAGCUCUCCUCCUCUUCCUCUCCUCUUCUCACUGCGGGACUGCCACGCCCCCUCCUCCAUCUGACGACUCUCCCCCUGGAUUCAUAAAACAGACUCACGCACACACAUGUGCAUGCCAGUGUGUGCACAGAAAAUACAAACAUGCACUGGAAAGACUGGGGUGAUAAGGUUGUGCUUUUAUGCCGGAACUCGACAAACAGUGAGAGUAUGAGUGAGUGUGUGUGAGUGUGUGGCUCAGGCGGAGACUGAAGCCAUAGUCGCUCUCACCACAGUCACUGUGUUGUGUAUGUGUCUUUGUGUUGUCUCCAUUUCACUAAAUGUCUUGAGGAAACCUGUUUAGUCUCGAACCUGAAAACAGAGACAAGCAGCUAUUUGUUGUCAUUAAGAUGCUCCACUUGCCUAUGUUGCAUAAUGUAGAAGUUGUCAUAAAACAUUUAGCAUUGUGGUAACAAAAGAAGUUAUGCACCCUAAUUGUAUAUGAUGUUCUGUGAAGCGGGAGUGUUUGGUGUAGAAAUAACAACUCACCUGAACCUUUGAGAUGUCCCCCAUUUUUUUUGGAAUAUGUGUAUUUUAUCCUUUCAAACAGCUGUGUCCUACAUUUUUCAAGUUAGAGAAACCAAACAUAGUUAUUGUGGGAAAGAAGAACAUUCUUAGGGCGUUUUUACAACCAUAGUCUGUUUGGCUUGUCCGAAUUAGAGAGAAAUUGAUAUUUUUGGUUAAUUUUCUAUUUAGUCUAGUUUGUCAAAGUGCAGAAAUUAAAGCAGAAACAUAAAAUGAUAAUAAUUUGCUGAGGGUUGUGCACGAUGGACCAGGGCCGGAAAUGUACUCUUAUUCUAAAUUCUUUGGUCAGAAAUUUGGCUGUAGAAAAUGUAAACGCGGGUAAUCAACAAGCACGGAGAAAACACUAACCCAGCAUCAUGAAGUGGAAUGCAAAUCCCCUCUCCUCGAAUGAAUUCAUGAAUGUUACUUUUUCUGUGGUUUUCUUUUUUAGCAUAUUCUGUAUGUUUUCAUGUCAAAGUCCAAGUCAGUCCUCCAUGUGUCUAAAAUGUCAUAAGGCCUGUUCCAUUUUGAAGGAUCCUCUUAAUGAAAUUCCCAAAUAUGGGGGACAUAGCAAAUGGUUUCAUUGCUGCCCUCAGUAUCAGUCAGUUGUCGAAUGGAACAGUGGAUAUCACCAGACUUCUAGUUUUCACUAGGCAACAUAUUAGGGGUGAAAUUAUUGGCCCUAAAAGUAUUGAUUCUGUCUGAUGCGUUUCAUCCUGUGGACUCUAUCAAGGUCAGGGCCAUAGGCUGAAAUUCUUAGCUUUCAUAAUGAAGUUCUCAAUUCUUCAAAUGUUACUGGAGCAUUGAUUUUUAACAAGCAGCACCUGGAUGCACCAUUAGUUUGGUCUCUGUGAGGCUAGAUCAUGUCAUCUGGAAAAGGAGGUGCAGUCUUGACGUAUCAGUGCUUUGAGCAAAGUGCUUGCCGGUCCAUCAAACAGUGUCUCAACGUUGGAGACGGGGCGGCCGCAUCUGACAAUUUUUGUAACUUUCUGAAAGAGACAAUCCGACAAACACGGCAACUUUAAGCCUUGGUUUCCAGGUGUGUGAAGAAGAGAAAGCAUGCAGGGUUUCUUCUCUCUCAAGUUUAAUUGUCUGAGAGUGUGCACUGUUAUCCCAUUGGUACAACGGACUGUGUCUCGCCCCUCUCUUCGAUGGCAGACCUGUUCCCAACAGAGGGUGGUAGUUUAUUUCAAGCAUGGCCCGGCCUUCAGAUCCUUUUAAAUGGUUUUAAAGGUCCGUCAUAAGCCACAUCCAUCAGAGGAUCCCGGCUCUGAAUUAGGACAUGGCUGUUGUCUAUCGUGCUGAGCCAUUAACACUUCUUUUCCUCAGCCUCAAUAUCUCUUCUCUGAUGUGGUUGACUGCCAGAUAGAUACUUAAAAGAAGUAAUGGUAUCAAAAGCAUGUAGAAUCAGUUUUAUGGUGCACAACAGAUUCCUGUAGGCCAGACAAGCACCAACAGUAGCUGUUGUUAAAAUUGUCUGAUCUCGUGGUGGGUCAGACUUCUCUGGCGUUUCCCAGGGCUCCUCAGCUCUGAACCCGAUGGCGCACACAGAGAGUGGCAGAGAGAGAGUCUUACAGAAUGAGAAAGAGCAGGGGGGUGGGUCUAAUUAAAGCCAUGUCACACAGGCAUGGAUUUGAGAAUGCCAGGACGUCACCAAGUGUUGAAUCUGUUUACAGACAGCUAGACUUAAUAAGGCAGGAGACUCUGGUGCAGUUCACAGCUCUGACGCCGCUGUGGUCCCCUGCACUGUCCUCUCCUCCAAAGCUCUCUCCAUUAUCCUCAAGAUUGUCUUGAGCGCACUAGCGUUUCCCUCAAGUAUCGUUGUUAUCACCCUGUGUGUCCAUCACUGUCUUGUUUUUUCCCCACAGAAAACCUAGGGGGCAUUUCUAACACUGUCUCAAAAGUUUGUGAAAUGAGCACAAACUUUUAAAUGUGAACUACGUGUUGUGGCCAUGAAUUAUGCUUCAACCAUAAAAUGACUACCUGAUAACAAAGUUGUAGAUAUCAGGACUCUUUUUCCUCUUUCAGGAGAAUCAAUUUGUUGGCUCAGAAUGAAAAACUGUUUCCACAGAUUGAGAUAAUCCUUCACAGUGAAAAUGAAACCUUCAUUUGGUUUCAAUCAUAGUUAGUUUUGUAUGUGACCUGAAUCAGCUGGAGUCCUAAACGAUAUUGGUAGUCCGUAUCAAAGUCAGGGUUGAUAUUGGAAAGCCUAGUGCAGACAACUUUGUUUUUGGAGAUCUGAGACAAAAACCAAUGAGUAAGCGUUGGAAUCCACCAUUUUGCCGAUCUCGCCAUGUAGUUUGUGUGGCUCCCAAACUCGUCUUGACUUUGUGCUGAGCCCCUCGCUACAACAUCUCUCUAUCAUAGCCAAACACUAUGUGCUUAUAGAGCACCUUUGAGACAAGUCUGAGACAGGAGAUGGAAAGUAUCCAAUGAGCGUGCAACAGGCUUCUGUCACGUCUCAUAUUUUCUUGUUCAAUAACACAAUCAUUCCUUCAAGUAGUGGAUCUUUCCAAAUGGAAUAUUUGUAUCAUUAGUACACCUCAUGUGAGAUCAGUUGUGUCUUUGUUGUCUACACUCGCUAAAAAGGAAAAACAUUGAUGCAUUGUUUUGGAUUGGAACCAACGUCAGGGGUGAUAAAUGUCUCCGGCUCCGCCACCCCCCUCCUGCUGACCUUACGCUAUUCAAUGUCGAACUAGAUCUUGUUUCUGGUUGUGUUUCAAAAUGAUUUUUCUACCCUGCGUGCUGUUUAGACUCUAAACCACAGUGGUCAUUUCACAAACUUUUGGCAAAGGUGAUGCUGGUUGUUUAACCUCUGGAGGGGACAGUGGCGUGCAGCGAGGUGUGCUGCCGCUCUGACCUCUGAGUCACAAUGUCCUUGUGUCGUCUUUGUUUGCCACUACAUCUGUUAGUGUCUCACUUGAGCAUUUCUCCCCGUACUCUCCUCCAUUAUCACAAUGCCUCUUGUAAAACUGAAAUCGUCAACUGUGCACAAAGUACACACACAAAAGAAAAACAAGUGAUGUAAAUGGCAUCUGUACCCAUCAAAGUUUAACACAGCAAUCGAAAGCAGACAUUUGUACAAACGCUCACUGAAGACGAUGUUUUCAGAUUGCUCUGUUGAUUGAUUUGAUAUGAAAUAUAAUGACUACUGUAAAACACUAUUUGCUAGUCCGUGUGUAAAUGUUUUUACAUACUGACGAUAUGAUAAAAUUAUACAGUUUUUUAAUUAUCAUUGUGUUAAUGAAUAACGUGUUAAUUUCAGUGGACUCAUUUUCUUUUGGUGGGAUAGGUUCUGUUUUGCUGUAAAUAAUGUGUAAAGUGAAGGGUUCUGUAAAGAGAGUAAGACUAUGUGAAUAAUUCUCACUACCACAGCUUCUUAGGAUCUGAGCGUUGCAAGUCGAGUAUGACAGAGAAGCAACAUUUCUAUUGUUUUUACUAUUUCUUUAUUUUUCUAUUCUUGCCUUAACCCUUUUAGUAUCGGUCAUAGUUUAAUGUCUUUUCAUAGUUUUAGGACAACAUUAUGGAUUUGACUAGCCUGUGUAUGUACAGAUCUCUGAUCAGUGUGACCUUCACUAAAAGCUGAGACUCAGCAGAAGCGGAUUUUGGAAUUCAGAAUGAGCGUAGAUCAGCGUCUGUCCCAGGCGUCUUUGCAAACGGACGAGGAGCCUGGACAGACUUCACUUCACAUGUUUUUUUUUUUUUUCAACACACGUCUGUAAGAACUGAACUGAAAAAUAUCUUAAUGAGAACCAUACAAAAUAGAACUAUGUACACAUGUAAAAAAAAAAAGAAAUGUUGAAAAUGACAAUGUUGUUCUUGAUUCAGUUCCUACUAUAAAAAAAGCAAGCCAUUGUGUUCCUCCUUUUAAUGUCUGUCUUUUUAAAAGAAGCAGUUUUGGACCUUCUAGAUCCUGAUGUGCUUGUUCAUGUUUUUGAUAGAGAACCGUGGUGGGGGAAUCCUCAAGGUCUGUUCAUUGUUCCUUCUCCAGAUCAGAGUGGCCAACCUAAUUGUACUCAAAGGGUUAAGUGUCAUUUGACUUGAAGACUGUGUCGUGAUAAGAGUUUGCUGUUAAUAAAUAUUUUAGUUGUUUACUUUA